AAAUACCGCCCUCUCUGCCCCCUUCUCCCACCUCCAGAAGAAGACCAGUGUACACAGCAGAGCUGCGCCAAGUAGAACAGAGAAGCAAAGCGAAAAGCGAAUUAGGGAGAACUGAGUAGGGAUUUGGAGGAACGAAUCGGUUUGGAUCCGAAUUGAAUUGAAUGGGCCAGCUGAGCCGUGUGUGGGUGGCGGCGACGGUGGCCGCCGUGCGUGGGCAGAGGGAGAAGGCGGCGGGGGCGCGGGAGCGGCUGGCCGGGCUCGCCCCGCAGGCGGCGGCGCUCGGCGCGGCGCGGGCGGCCGCCGACGACGGCCGGAGGCAGGCCGGCGCCGACGAGUCGCUCCGCAAGGCCAUGUACCUCAGCUGCUGGGCCCCCAGCUGAUUACUGAGCGACACCGGCCCUCGCGGGCUAUGGAUCGAUUCGUGUGGGGCCUGGACGGGCUUGGGCCUGGGCCGGGGGAAGUUGGAUGGAUUCGUGAUCACGUCUCGUUGCAAUAUGAUUUUGAGAUGUGUUGGGUGGAUGUUGGAACUAACAUGUGACAUGUCUUGGAUGUAGUGUACAUAAAGUUAAGUUUAUGCUACUUCCUGUAACUGAGUAAAGGGCUGAUUUCAGCUUCUAUGGCUGUUUGAGUCCUCAGCGACGAUAGUUCUUAUCCAUCAUCCAUGCGAAACAUUCAAUACUUGCAUCUUUGCGUAAAA